AUGGAGUGAACAAUUUGAUUUGAGAACUAUUCAAAAGACCGUCCUCCUUAUAUGCUGAACUGAGGACAUCCCUUCUGUCUUGGAUGCUUGAAGGUAAUGGUUUCAGGAAGAAACAUCCAGUGUCCCCUUUGCAAAGAAAAACAAUUCGUUGAUUCUGUGGAGACUGUCGAGAACCAUGUUGUUGUCAAUCUGUCUAUCCUGAACAAAUAUCGAAAUUAGAAACGAAGAGCAAAAGGAUCCUUCAAGAUAUAGCAUCAGUAAGGACCCAUCUCAUGGGCUGAACAUUGAAAUUCCAAAUGGCUUCAAGUGCAGAAAGCAUAAGUUGCCAGUUCACUCAUACGUCAAGAGCAACAGUGCUCUAAUGUGUAACGAAUGAAUUGAAAGCAGUAGCUAUGAUGCUGAAAAUAUCGAGCCAAUUCCUCAAAUUCUCAAACAACUAAACUCCAGUCUACACUCUUCCAAGGUUAAGAAGGAGCAGUGCAUGUCUCAACUAAAAAUGUGCCAGAAAGAGCUAGAAAUAUUCUUUGAGAAAUAACAGAGAUGCUACAAGACACAAGAUCCACGAUUACUUCUCUUCUAUAGUCAGUAUGGUUAAAGAAAUCGAGCUGAAAGCUCUUGCAGAAUUUGAGCUUAAAACUGACAAAGAGCUUGAAAAGUUACAUCAAGUAUUUAACGAAAUCAAGUCAGUUAAUAAGAACAUUCAGAGUGACAUUAUCAACAUAGAUAACCUCUUCGCCAUGGAUGAUAAGACAAAGGUUGUGUGCAUGGAUCUAUUAGAGAAGAUAGAGAAAGAGAAAUAACGAAUAUUACAAAGAUAUAGACUUCCCGAACUAUUUCCUUGACAUUCAAACAAAGCCUGAUAAUAUCAGUCUAAUCAAAGAUGUCGUUGAAAAGUCCUUUGACUUUAGCUCAGAGAUCAUUCCUAACAGAGAUAAGAGGAAAUUGUUUAUGAAUAUGUUUGAUUUAAGAUAUAUGUGGUAUUGUCAUCGGUGAAAACAUAAAAAUCUGAUCAAAAAGGCGCCUAUCGAGUGCUCCAGGUGCCAUAUUUACAAACCUCUUGAGCUUUAUCCGUCAGUAUUCAAGAGCAAGAGUGAGAUCACAGAUGGAGAACUUGAACACCUGAAACAAAGAGGAACUGAAGAGAAACUAAGAAUGAGCGCCAACAAUCAAAGCUUAUUCGACAGAGAGGAAGGAAGAGCAUGGUAUGCGGUUGAAGCCAAAUGGAUGUAUGACUGGAAAAUGUUUGUUCAAAACAAAAGAGACUCUUGAGUCCCAAGCUUUAAAAAAUCAGACAUUGACAGAAUCGGAAUCCUUGAUCCUGGACCAAUAAGCAACAAUAUUCUUUUCAACUCCUCUGGUGAUUUGAAGGAAGAUCUAGUGAUUGAGAAGGACUACAAGAUGGUUAACGAAAGAGUCUGGAAAACACUUUUUGACAUUUAUGGAGGUGGCCCAAUUAUUAAGAGAGCUCAAUGAAAUAUCUAUUCAGAAGUUAUUGAAGCUAAUGACGAGUUAGAAAUCCUUGCAAAUAAGAUCAAAAAGUCCAGAAAAGUUGAUAAGAGAAAAUUUAAAAAGAAAAUAAUUCAAUUUAAAGAUAAAAAUGAAGAACUGAGAAAAGCCAUCAUUGAUGAUAGGAAUUAUAAACUUGAGGAUGUUGUCAGAGAGAGAAGAAAUUCAUUUGAAUGUUUAAAUAGGCCAACUCUUCAAGACCAAAAUGAAGAGGAGAAAGAAAAUUGAGAAGCUUCAAGAAGAAACAGGCCAUCAUCAAUCCAGAGAGGGAUAAGUUCAAUCAAUGGGGAAUCAGUUAAAAAGACUCUUGGAAAUUUGUGGAAUGGAGUUUCCACACAGUUUAACAGAUAUUUUAAGUAA